UCCAGCAUUCCCAGCCACUUUUCCUACGGCACACGAUGCAGGCCAAACUUUUAUUUUUGCCUGGAAAAUGGCUAUUUUCUUGCGUUUAACUGCCUUUAACUACGGAAUAAUAAUGUUUUAGAAGACAUGUAUAUAGUUCGAUUAUUCUUUGCAUAUGAGUCCAAAGAUGUGACGGGCUACGAUUUGAAUGAACGGAAGCAGCGUCGCCACUUCUGACUUUGGUCCAUCCGCAGAAUCACACAGGAGAGCGAAUUGGACCAUCAAGUGGGGGAUUAUGGCAUUCACGGGGACUCUGCCAGUAACGCCAGCUGCCUCCUUAAAACCGUAACUGGCUUAAAAACACGACAGAGAGACUCGUCAGCUAUCAGGACUUUGUUGGACUGAACGUGGGAAGAGGAGCUCGCUGGAAGUUGGCGUGCGCUCGUCCGUUCCCCUCCGAUGGCUGAGGAGGAGGAGGAGGUGAUGGCCCCGGAAUACUUGCUGCAGCAGGUGAUGCUCAAGGACCUGAGCAAGAGGCUGCAGGCGGGCCAGGAGAUGGUGGAGCUUAUCCUGCAAGAGGACAAAUGUCCAGAUCUUGAGCAGGACCAGGGUACCCUGGACAGAAUGGUGGAGGCGUUGGCCAGCUCUUGGGUCAACUCCAGUCACUUCAAGGUGGUUUUGUUGGGGAUGGACCUUCUGUCUGCAUUAGUCAGCAGACUGCAGGAAAAAUUCAGGACACAGGUUGGAACAGUUCUUCCCAGUUUAAUAGAUCGUCUGGGAGAUGCCAAGGAUCAAGUGCGUGACCAGGACCAAGCACUUCUACUUAAAAUCAUGGACCAGGCUGCCAACCCACAGUAUGUUUGGGAGCGCAUAAUGGGAGGCUUCAAACAUAAGAACAACCGAACUCGAGAAGGACUCUGCCUUUGUCUCAACUCCACCUUAAAUGUGUUUGGUUCGCAGAGCCUGACACUUAGCAAAAUAGUUCCUCACAUUUGUAAUCUCCUGGGAGAUCCCACAAGUCAGGUGCGCGAUGGAGCCAUGAGCUGUCUGGUUGAGAUCUACCGCCACGUCGGUGAGCGAGUGAGGAUCGACCUGGGAAAGAAGGGCCUACCUCAGUCGCGGUUGAAUGUCAUCUUUAGUAAAUUUGAUGAGGUCCAAAGGUCGGGGAACAUGAUCCUGUCACCUGUGUCAGAUAAAAACUCUGAGGAUGGCGAUUCGCUGGACGGUGGCUGCUCUUCGUCCUCGUCCAAAGGAGAAUUGUUGGCCGGGAGGAAGACCGGCGUGGGUUCGUUGCGACGCCCUGUCUCCAAAUCAGCAGGGAGAGAUGGGUCCACUGCUGGCGCGGUGGACGAGGCUGACUUCAUUCAGGCCUUUGACGAUGUUCCCACUAUGCAGAUUUACUCCAACAGGGAGGUGGAGGAGGCCAUGGUCAAAAUCCGAGACGUGCUCUCGGAUGACAAGCGCGACUGGGAGCUCCGAGUUGCAGCGCUGAAGAAGGUGCGCUCGCUGAUGUUGGCCGGAGCGGCAGAGUUUGACGGCUUCCCGCAGCAGCUGCGGCUCCUGGAGUCGGCGUUCGUACUGUCAGCCAAGGAUCUGCGUUCGCAGGUGGUUCGGGAAGCCUGUAUCACUCUGGGAUACCUGUCCUCAGUGCUCGGCAGCCGCUUUGAUCACGCCGCCGAGGCCGUCAUGCCGAGUCUCCUGAACCUGGUCCCCAAUAGUGCCAAAGUCAUGGCCACCUCCGGUGUGGCUGCCAUCCGCCUCAUACUAAAACACACACACUACCCUCGUCUGAUCCCUAUCAUCACCAGCAACUGCAUCUCCAAGUCUGUGGCUGUCAGAAGGCGAUGCUAUGACCUCUUGGACCUGCAACUGAAGGAGUGGCACACAAACUCUCUGGAGAGGCACGUAGCCGUGUUAAUGGAAACUCUAAAGAAAGGUAUUCACGACGCAGAUGCCGAGGUGCGCUCCGUGGCCAGGAAGUGUUACUGGAACUUCCAAAGCCACUUCAGUCGGGAGGCGGAGCAACUGUUCCAGCGCUUGGAGUCGUCUUAUCAAAAAGCUUUGCAGGCUCACUUGCGGAGUGGCGAUACUUUGAUGUCACUUCCUCCAUCUGAUCAUUCCUCAUCCUCCUCACAAGAGAGCCUGAAUCGAACUUUGUCUCCGAGAAGCAACACCGGAAGAAACGUGGCCAAACCCAAAGCGUCCAAAUCCUCUCGACCCCCCACCGGCACCUCCUCCCCCGGCACCCUCCAGCGUUCUUGCAGCGACGUGGACGUCAAUGCGGCAGCCAGCGCCCGCACCCGGAUGCCCACGGUAGCCUCGGCGGUGCAAGCUUCCCCUUUGUCCUUUAGCUCCGCCUCCGCUCUGCCUCCCGGAUCUUACGCUUCGCUCGGUCGCGUCCGAACGCAGAAGACCAGCGCGGGAAAGCGUCCGUCAGUGCCCGACGGGCGGGGCCGCAGCAAAGGGAAAGUGGUCUCACAGUCCCAACCCGGCAGCAGGUCCGGUUCCCCGGGACGAAUGCUGGGCUCUACCCACGGCAGGAUGGUCAGGGUGCCCGUGGGCAACUCUCCCGUUCCCGCCAGCAGCGGGCUGAGUAACAGUCGGCGCCCACGAGGCCACCGCAGCCAGGGCUGCAGUCGGGAGACCAGCCCCACCAGAUCGGGCUCUGCACGGAGCCGAAUCCCUCGUCUCAGUAUGAGUCAGGGCUGCAGCCGCGAAACCAGUCGCGAGAGCAGCCGUGACACCAGCCCCUCCAGGGGUUUCUCCCCCCUGGACCGUCUGUCUCACCAGGCUCGGAUCUCGGCCUCCGUCAAUGCCAUGAGGAUUCUCAACACGGGCACCGAGGUGGAAGCGGCGGUUGCCGAUGCUCUGCUCUUAGGAGAGUCGAGGAGUAAGCAGCGCUCAGCGCGCCGCCAUUUUGAAUCGCCGGGUAUGUUCUCCGACGACGACGCCAACAGCGACGCCUCCAGCGCCUGUUCGGAACGCUCGUACGGCUCCCGCAACGGCGCCGUGCGUCAUACCGACGACGUGGCUGAAAUCCUCAACCACUGCGCCAGCGCCAAUUGGUCGGAGAGAAAGGAGGGCCUGCUGGGACUGCAGAACGUGCUGAGGAGCCAUAUUAUGCUCAGUCGCGUGGAGCUGAAAAGACUCUGCGAGAUCUUCACCAGGAUGUUUGCAGAUCCUCACAGCAAGAGAGUCUUCAGCAUGUUCCUGGAGACUCUGGUGGACUUCAUUGUUCUGCACCGGGAAGAUCUACUCGACUGGCUUUUCAUCCUACUCACCCAGCUGCUGAAGAAAAUGGGCGCUGACCUCCUGGGCUCCGUUCAGGCCAAAGUUCAAAAGGCGCUGGAUGUCACCUGUGAAUCCUUCCCGUACGAGCAGCAGUUCAACAUCCUGAUGCGCUUCAUCGUGGAUCAGACCCAGACGCCCAACUUGAAGGUCAAGGUGGCCAUUCUGCGCUACAUCGAGGCGCUAGCGCGGCGGAUGGACCCGGCCGACUUUGUCAACACCAGCGAGACGCGCCUGGCCGUCUCGCGCAUCAUCACGUGGACCACCGAACCCAAAAGUUCCGAUGUCCGCAAGCAUUUAUUUCAUUCAACAAACCCCCAGACCCUUCAUAACUGGGAGGAUUUGUCAGGCCGAGCCGGCACCGUGGCCUCUCUGCCUGGAGAGGGCAACCUGGAGGAGAGGUGCAAGCAGGCGGCCCAAGUGGUGCUCAUCGCCCUGUUUGAGCUCAACACGCCCGAGUUCACCAUGCUCCUCGGCGCUUUGCCCAAAACCUUCCAAGAUGGGACCACCAAGCUGUUACACAACCACCUGAGGAGCACGAGCGGCAUCGCCAUGGCGUCUCCCGGCAGCUCGACGGGUCGAACGACUCCACGCCAGUCGAGCAGCCGCAGCAGCCCGCUGACAUCUCCCACCACCUACUCGCAAGGAGGGCUUUCUCCCAGCAUGCUGGAGUGCGAUAGUGAGAACCUGAACUCUGAAGAGAUCUACAGUUCCCUGCGUGGCGUCACUGAAGCCAUUCAGAACUUCAGCUUCCGCAGCCAAGAAGAGCACAUGGAGCUGUACAAGCGAGAUGGAAUGCGGGACCUUGGGGUUGAAGGUGGUUCUCCUUCGCACUCUAACCUCAAACUUUACGGUGAUUCGAUGGAGGCCGGGCGAACAGCUCUGGACAACAAGACGUCGUUACUGAACACCCCUUCGCCACGCUCGUUCACGCUGCAGCGUUUCCGAGAAUACAACCCGCACAACUACGACAGCAUGGAGCUGCGGCUCAAUGGACGCCAGCACGAGUCUGCCAAAAACAAGAUCCAGAACCCCAGAAAUAUCCCAGGAGUUACCGAGCAGCUGGUGGGAGAGCUGCUGAAGGAGCUGUCGCAGGGCCCGGCGGGCGAGUGUGCCACCGAGGAGCGCAGCGUGGAGGAGCGCCGCGCCACCCUGCUGGAGCUUCUCAAGGUGUCACGGGAGGACGUGCAGGUGGUUUGGGACGAGCACUUCAAGACCAUGUUGCUGCUUCUCCUGGAGAUGCUGGGAGACAAAGACCACAUGAUCCGGGCCCUGUCCUUGAGAGUCCUGAAGGAGAUCCUGAGAAACCAACCGGGUCGCUUCAAGAACUACGCCGAACUCACCAUAAUGAAGACACUGGAGGCUCAUAAAGACUCGCACAAGGAGGUGGUGCGCGCGUCAGAGGAGGCCGCGUCCACGCUGGCCGGCUCCAUCCAGCCGGAGCAGUGCAUCAAGGUGCUUUGCCCCAUCGUGCAGACGGCCGACUACCCCAUCAACCUGGCCGCCAUCAAGAUGCAGACCAGGGCCGUGGAACGCAUCACAAAGGAGCCGUUGCUUCAGCUGCUGCACGACAUCAUUCCGGGUCUACUGCAGGGCUACGACGACACGGAAAGCAGCGUGAGGAAGGCCAGCGUCUUCUGCCUCGUGGCCAUCUACGCCGUGAUCGGCGAGGAGCUCAAGCCCUUCCUGUCUCAGCUCACCGGUAGCAAGAUGAAACUGCUCAACCUGUACAUCAAGAGGGCCCAGACCUCCACCAGCAAUAGCAGCAGCUCCUCCGACAUCUCUUCCUAUUAACCUGCUUUCAACACCUUCACGCGCCAUUUUGAUAUUCAUUCUGCCAUUUCAUACGUCCUGCUAUCACACAGCAAAAAAUCAGCCGUGAGCUUGGUGGAAGCAGAAGAUGAGUGGCCUUCGCGGCUAAGCAAAAGUCCCCAGGAGCUGAAUCUGCUGCCCCCUGCUGAAGAGUUCUUGGACCAUGGGAGCAAGGCGUGUGUCUUCCCCAAGCUGAUUUGCCUCGUUGCAGCAGAGGAUCACUUGGCUGGCCAAUGAUUUGAAGCUUACGGCAUUUUGGAGCCCGGCAGUACAUCUGUACAACAUUUGUAACAAAAACAAAAACAAAAAAAAACAUUCCGUGCUUCCACAUAUAACUAACACUCGAGUGACCUCGAGAUUCUCUCGUGAAAAAUCGUUACGCACGUCUUUUAAUUUUGCUUUCUGUCAGAAAAGAAAUCUCGGCAACACACCUAAAAAUGUAUCACCAAUGAACUUGUUGUAUUCCACUACUUCAAAUAAGACCAUCUUCUGCAGUGCCGUCCCGAGCUUAGCAGUCCUUAGCGGAAUAGUCCAGUUACUGUUGAACCACGAAGUUCAGACCACUGUAAAUGUUUUUCUAAAUUCCACUAAAAAAAGAAGGUCAAUAUCACUAAAGCUGAAAUGCUUGCAAACAUUCUUUAGACGCUUAUGAAAGGAAAUAAUGUGAGGUAGACAAUCAGUGGAAAAGCUCGCUGAGGUGACAAUGACCUCGAGCCAGCCUGUGGAGGUCAUUGUGACGUGAAACGUGAAAAUGAAACACUCAUCUGGAGAAUGAAGACUAAAACUGACCUUUUAAAAUGACACUUUGGACUUAAUGUUCCGAGGGACCGAAUCAUUUGGCAAUCAUUUGGUUUCAAACAUCCUGCCAUCGCACAUUUUUAAAGUGACGGACAGGCCGCCACGGUUUCCACAGCCUUGUUUGAAUGUUCCAUUUUCACUGUCAUCUUAUACGCGUGCCUUUAGUUAGACGCCUCUUUUUUCCUACAGUUGAACUAAGUCCGCCUUGGAGAAACAUGAACUUUGCGAGUAAAGACAACCUGUUAGUAUGUUGCUGAUGAAAUUCCUUUGCACCCUACACGCAUGCUUCUACCCGUCACACAUGACUAUAUUUAUAUUCCGCAGACUACUGCAAGUAUUUGUUACAUCACAAGUGAAACUUAAAUAAAAGAUCAGACUUGU